AUGCGCUCGACAAGUUUCAUCCUCGCGCUCGCUGCGCUUGUUCUCUCGUUGGUCGCACUUGCAUCCGCAAACCAGCUUGCUCCAGCCGCACCUUCACCCGCUCCUCUCGAAAAGCGUCAGGCUGCCGCGGGGGGUGGCGCCGGUGUCAUGACCACCUAUACUGGCGUUCAGAUCAUCUCCGGAUACAAUCCACCUCCAUCCCAAGUGCUUCCUGCGCCUUCGGUCUCGCGUGGUACCAUUUUGACCACCAUCCCUGGUUACGGCAACAACUCCAACUCGAACAACGCGCUCAACGCUGGUGGUUCCUCCAGUGGUGCCCUGUCCUUGCUCUCUGCUACACAUUUUGUCUCGGGCGCCGCCGCCUCCGCCACCUUUAUGUGCGUUGCGCUUGUAGCUGCUGCCGCUGUUCUCCUUUAA